AUGUAUCUCACUGUAUUUCUGGCUGAAAUGGGUUAUUUUAGUGGCAUAUCUCAACAACCUAUAUAUCUUUUUUUGUCAAUUUGUAUCUAUUUUUUUUCUUUGUUUCUUCCUCUCCAGGAACUGCAGCGUCGUCAGUUCUGGUGUAGCCUAUUGGCAGAAGCCACAGGCACCCUUAUCUUUGUCUGGAUAGUGCUGGGUGCCUCAUCCCCUGCAGGUCCUAAAGAUGUGCUGCCUACUUCGCUCCAGCCAGCCCUUGCUGCAGGACUGGUAGCUAUCAGUUUGGCACACUGUUUUGGUAAGAUCAGUGGUGCCCAAGUCAACCCUGCACUCACUAUGGCUUUCCUGUGCACUCGUAAACUGGACGCUCUGCAUGCCUCAAGCUAUAUUCUAGCCCAGUGUCUGGGUGCCAUCUUAGCAUCAGGCUUUUUUUAUCUCAUGUUGCCCAGCUCAGCCAUUGGGCAAUUGGUCACAAAGGUCAACACUGAGGGGAAUGCAGGACAGGCUCUGGGGAUGGAGCUGUUUUCCACUUUCCAGCUAGCUCUCACCAUUUUCGCUGUAGAAGAUCACCGGAGGCAUGAACGAGGGGAGCCUGCUGGGACCUUGGCUAUUGGUUUCUCAGUGAUAGCAGGAGCUCUAGCUGCGGGUACCUUCUCUGGAGGCAGUAUGAAUCCAGCCCGAUCUUUGGGCCCAGCUGUCAUCACAGGAUUCUGGGAACAUCACUGGGUGUAUUGGCUCGGCCCUAUUCUGGGUGCCAUUUUGGCUGGAGUAUCUUAUGAAUUCUUCUUUGCUGACAGUGCUUCACGGGAAAAGCUUGUUGCCUGCCUGACGUGUCGUGACAUUGAGAUUGUGGAGGCUGCCAGCAUGUCUCGGUCUUCACUCUCAGCUGCUGCUCAGGCUAAAUCACCUGACAAGGAAGAACAUGGCACUGAGUAG